GCCGGCGGCGGGACUCGCCGGAGGAGUCUGGUCCUGGUGACGUGUUCACGGUGGACGAGCCGCGGCGGUGCCCGGCGUGAGCUGCCGCCGAGGCGCAGCCCCUGCCCGGGGCCGCAGAGGGCCGGGACCGGUCGCCGAAGGGUCAGGCUCGGGGCAAGAAGUCGCCGGAUUCGCGGCCUGGGCUCAUCUCCGUGGGGGAAGGUGCCACAACAGCCGUGGCAGAGGGCUGCCAUGUGCCCUGCCCCGCUCUCUACCUCUGCUCCCGUCUGCUCGGCUGCGGCUCUUACUGACAGCAGCUCUCCCGCUGGGCCCCGGGGUCCCGAGCUCUGGUUUUCAGCUGAGAUUUGGGGUUGGGGGUUGUAGAUGUGUGCCCACUGUGUGCUCUUACCCGUAUUUUAAAGGAGGGCCAUCUGUUGUGGCUAUUUACAGGUGUUUGGUCUGUUUCACUUAACCGAGGUGACAGAGGAGGUGGUCAGGGGUGUGCAGCCGCUCUGCACUUGUUCAUUUCAUUUAACCGGGGCAAACACCUGCAGAACUGCUGCCUUGCCAAGGUCUGCCAGCGCCCACGGAGAAAGCUGCGCCUUGCUGUGCUCCAGUGCUGACCCUCUGCAGUCCCCUGCACCUACCCAGCUCCAGCCCAGCUUGGGGUGAUGCACUGGAGGGUCUGGUUCCUUUCCCGACCCUCUCAGACAAGACCAGAGCAGGAUUUAGCUGGUGGGGCCCUACGUGGAGUUGAGGCAUGCUGAGGAGUCCAUUCCGGGGCAGCUGCUGAAAAGUCUGAAGAGGCUGUCUGAGCUGCCCAUCACAGUUGACAUUCUUGUGGUAAGAGCUGUGAAGUCUCUCACACUUUCGUCGUGUCUGUUGAGUCACAGGGUAACUGCCAUGGCAACCGUUCUUGCCCUGGAAGGAACGUGUUGCCCCGGUGCCUGCUGCAGCUCUAUGUCAUCACUGUGACGGUGACAGUCCUAGAGUUCCAGGCAUGGGGAAGAAGUGUGUCAGAGCAAGUGUGGAACUGUGGAGGACAGCUUGUCAUCCUUAUUUCUUCAAAAAGCGUGACACUUGACUGGGAUGUGAGAGUGGGAGCCGUUCCUGGCAGUAACUGAAUCGCUGUGAAAUCAGGAAGUGCUAAUCCUUACAAUUAUUAGUGACUUCUGCCUUCAAACUUGCCAGCAGUCAGGGUAGAAGCCAACGUGGUUUAUUAACAGCAAUGACAACUAAGGAGACAGGUGUUGGGAAGACUGUGAACAGCUUGCGGAAACACGAGUUUGUCGGAGACUUUGCGAAGAACCUCGUGGCCAGGUGGAAGAAGCUGGUGCCAGUGUCCCAGGAGGCAGACAGAAAUAACCUGGAUUCUGAAGACCGUGACUACGAGAGGAGCAGCUCAAGGAAAAGGCAGCAUGAAUCCUCCCUUGGAGAGGAUGAGGAACCUGACCAGGAGUAUUCAGAGCCCUUCCAGCCAUCUUGCAGCCAGUCCUAUAGCCCAGAUCAUAGGGAAAAGAAGUCCAAAAGGUAUCCUAGGCCUGAGAGAGCCCCUGAGACUUACGGCUAUAGCAGCCAUGCGGCGAAGGGCUGGGGCAGAUCUUCCCCAGUGCUCUCUUCAGAUCAGGAGUGCUCAGACUAUGGACAAGCCAUGUCACCUGAGCCGAGCGAGAGCCCUCAGGAUGUGUACACGGACCCUUAUGCCUCUGAGGAGCAGGACGAACCGACAGCGUUUCCUCAGAAGGCCAGCAAAGGCCACAGCUUUCAGGAGAAGCUGGAGGGAGGCCGGGAGAGGACCUCUGCUGAGUUCUGCGACAAAGGGAACAUGAGUCGAAGCAAAGAGCACAAGUCUGCUCACAAGAGGCAGCGGCUUGAUGACAGGGCAGAGGACAGAACCUCUGCCUUCAGCCCAGAAAGAUUGCACAAGGCCUCUUUUAAAGAGCAGCUCCGAGAAGCCCCCAUGGCAGGGGGCAGCAAGGAGAAGCAGAGGCCGUCAGACAGCAUCAAGAAGGAAAAGAACCGAGAAAGUGGCACGUCCAGGAAGGAGAAGUCGCACACGUUGCCACACUUAGAAGAGUCUUUGGACAACCAUGUGAGGAAGCAGAAACAUCGGGACUCUGAUAAAAGCAAAUUGGAAAAGCCCAAGCUGAGCCCGGAGGCCUCUAACGCAGAGCGAGAGAAGCGGAAAGCUCCGGGUGACUCCUCAAACAGGGGCAAAGAAAAGGGGGGUUCUGGGAGCUCAAAAUCUUCCGAAGGGAAGCGCAAAGCCUCUGACAUGGACAAAAAAUCCAUGGGCUCAAAUGCCGGGGAGGCAGAAGUGGAGGAUGAAUUUGAACAGCCUACCAUGUCGUUUGAGUCGUACCUCAGCUACGACCAGCCCCAGAGAAAGAAAAAGAAAGUGGUCAAACCCUCUGCGUCAGCUGGGGAGAAGGAUGGGGGGCACAGCAAACAGAACGGAUCCAAAGCCAGUGCCAACAGCUCAAGCUCCAGCCGAAAAAGUCCGAGCCACAAGCGAACAAGUGAGAAAAAGGCAGAGAAGAAGGUACCAGAGCCUCCUAAACCAAAGAGGAUACUUUUAGACGUGGUACCAACGUUACCAGACAUCCCACUGCCCCCGAUCCAGGCCAACUACCGCCCUCUCCCUUCAAUAGAGUCCAUUCCCUGCUCCCAGACGAAAAGGAAAGCAGUGUCCUCGCCAGUCGAAGAGAACGAAGCAGGUUUUACAGGCCGCCGGUUGAAUUCAAAGAUGCAAGUGUAUUCAGGCUCUAAAACUGCCUACCUCCCAAAGAUGAUGUCUCUGUAUCAGCAGUGUAUCAGAGUCCUCAGUAACAACAUUGACUCAAUCUAUGAAGUGGGUGGUGUCCCUUUCUCAGUGCUGGAGCCAGUAUUGGAGAGAUGCACCCCAGAGCAGCUGUAUCGCAUUGAGGAAUGUAAUCAUGUGCUCAUUGAGGAUACGGAUCAGCUGUGGCACAAUCACUGUCUCCGAGACUUCAAGAACGAGAAGCCAGAGGAGUUUGAGUCGUGGCGGGAGAUGUACCUGCGGCUGCACGACGCGCGCGAGCAGCGGCUGCUCAUGCUGGCACGCAACAUCGGCUCGGCCCACGCCAACAAACCCAAAGGUAGAGUGGCCAAAAUGGCGUUUGUGAACUCUGCAGCAAAACCCCCUCGGGACGUACGAAGGAGACAAGAGAAGUUUGGAACUGGAGGACCUCUUCUGCCAGAGAAGACCAAAAUAAAACCAGUCUUGUACACAUCUAGCAAGAGCCACACUCGUGUGAGUGAGGAGCAGUCCUAUGAUGGGCCCAGCACCAGCAGUGCCCAUUCUGUCCCAUCUUCAGGUAGCACUUUCUCCUCCUAUGACCCCAGGAAACCAGCAGUGAAGAAAAUUGCACCCAUGAUGGCAAAGACUAUCAAAGCUUUCAAAAACAGGUUCUCUCGGAGAUAAGCUUGCAGUGCAGAUCUGGGACUUUCACUCUCGUGGGGGAGUGGUACUGAAGGGGGAGAAGGUACCCAAGCAGACCUUUUCUUUGAACUCUCUGGAGGCUGCAGCUGCUGGGAGAAGCUUUGAUCUGCAUAGGACGACAGCACAGUAUUUUAUCUUUUAUUCUGGUCCCUUUCUCAGUGUCAAGCCCUCCUCCUUUCCCCUGCCCUUAAUUUCACGUUUUUAGCUUUGUCAUCCGACACACAAUAAUGUGAAGUCUUGGCACCUGCUGAGAGUGGAAGAUCCAGAGACUAUUUACUAUUUAACCUCUUAAUAAAUUAUAAAAUGGUUUUAAUUAAUAUUUUGCCCCUCUUCCCCUCUGGUACUAUUUAUGUGGCUCCUGGUAGUCUCCCCACUCCCAAUCCAGUUCAAGGGCCAGCCUCUCUGUGACUGGGGCUGGCAGGAGUCCCUCUGUCUGAGUGGACACUGGGUGUCACAGGAGUCGGGCCCUGUGAUCUGGUACCUUCUGGGCCCACAGUCCCACCUGGACUCUCUGGGACAGGUAGGGCCAGUGGCCCCUCUGCUCGUUGGUCCUUUGGCAAGUGCAUCAAACCCUGAGGCUUUGCUCUCUACUUGUGUAUGUUAAUAAAACCUUAGAGCUCGA